UCAACGGCAGCCCGGAAGGGUCAGUGCAGGGCCGGCCAAUCCGCCGUGUGCGUUGCUUUCAUUGGGUGGUGGGUUCUACGCCGCCUGAGCCCAAGCCAGCGGCUGAGGCGACCCUCCGGCCACGCGAGGACUCGGCUCCGCGCCCUCCUGUGCGGUGCGGGGCGGCGUGACCCUUUCCUCCGGUCGGUGCCGAAGAGAACCGCUCCUGGCCGGGCGGACAGCUUGAGCCCCGUAGGAUGGCAGCCCCGUCUAUGAAAGAGAGGCAGGUUUGCUGGGGAGCCCGCGAUGCGUACUGGAAGUGUUUAGACGAGAACACGGAGGACGCUUCUCAAUGCAAGAAGUUAAGACACUCAUUUGAAUCAAGUUGUCCCCAGCAGUGGAUAAAGUAUUUUGAUAAAAGAAGAGACUACUUAAAAUUCAAAGAAAAAUUUGAAGCAGGACAAUUCCAGCCUUCAAAAACAACUGCAAAGUCCUAGGCUGUUUUUGAACUUUUCAGAAAGGUUGAAACUAUGCUUUCUGGACAUUCAAAAAUGUUCCAUUCACUAUAGACGUCGUUUUGAAUCAUGGCUUAUCAGUACUUGUAUAUAUAUAAAUCUUAAUUAAAAUGAAGAUUCCAUCAUUCAAACUAUGAAGAACUGAAAUAAAA